ACCAGUGACAGUGACAGAAAUAUUGUAUUCAAAACUGAUUAUUGUUGACGCAAACUUUGUUUUGUCGGGAAAAACUUAGAUCCCUCGUUUUUAUUGCUAUGUUUUAUCCACAACAAUGACUUGCAAAAUGUUUCAUAAAGGAAAAUAUUACAUAACUUUCAAAAGAGGUUUUGAAGACUGCAAGAAAGAUGUGACUGUAACAAUUGACAAACUUUUUGAAACUGAUACUCUGAGAAUAUCGUUAUCCGACGAUGAAGAUCCAACGUUUUUGUGCGUGCUUACUAUCACGCGAAUGGACUAUGAAGAUUUAAAAAAACAACAAGGCCUUCUUGUGGAUUUCGAUAACUUUCCGUCACAGCUCGUGAGGUUGCUGCAACAAUGUGCAUCAAAUAACAUGUUUUUAAUAAUGCAGCAAAAAAACCCUGUACAGUAUUAUUUAGAAGUUAUAGAACAUAACGAAUUUAAGAGACUUGUACAUUUAUCUCUAAAGACUGGACCGGCUACUGACGCUGAUAUAAAACAUCAUAUGGCAGACACAAUAAUGCUAUUAAAAAAAAACUUAGCUGCAGUAAAGAGUUCUGCCAUAAGUAAUGAAGCUCUUUUGAAUGACAAGUGUUUGAAUUUUGAAAGAAAAAUACACGAUUUGACCCAUGCUUGCGCAAGAUUGGAAGAGGCAAAACUAAAAUCUGAAACAGAGCUCAGAGAGGCAUUGGAAAAAGAAAAACAAAUGAUGAUGCAGGAAAAAUUGGUAUGGCAACAAAAUGCAGACAUAAACUUGAAAUCUCAGUUAACAGUAUUACAAGAUAGUCUUAAUAGCAAAGACAAACAGAUUGAUGAAGUGAAUGCUGUUUGUAGGCAAUUACGUGACAAUAACUCAAGGCUUGAAAACCAGUUAAGUGAGAAAACCCAGUGCCUUAAUAUGUUAGAAAAGGAAGUACAAAAGUCACACAUUGAAGUAGCAACAUUGAAAGCCAAAUAUGCUUCUUUAGAAAGGGAUCUUAUGGAAAAAGAAAAACAAUAUAAUCAGCUUAAUUCAAAAUGUGUAUAUCUAGAAAAGACUGCAAAAGAAAACUCAGAUGUUAUAAAAGAUUUAAAUAGCUCUCUCCAAUUAGCAAAGAAAGAGAAGACUAGCUUAGAAGAACGUUUAGCUCUUAGUGAAUCCCUGGGAAACAAAAAUAAUGAUGCAAUUCAUUCUAUAUCUGAGCAACUCUUAAAGGCUAAUCAGAUAAUAUCCAAACAAAAUACAGACCUAAUUGAAAUGAAGGAAAAGUUACUAUGCAGAACAGCUAUAGCUUUGGAACAAGAAAAAGUAAUUGAACGCAAUAAUCAGGAAAUGGAAGAACUAAAAAGUCGUAAUAUAACCAUAAACGAAUGCAUGGAGAAACUGCAGAAGGAGCUUGACGAUCUCAAAGAUAAACUUGACGCCACAGAAAAAACACUUAAGGAUAGAGAAGAAACUAUAAAAAAUAAUAAUAUGGUUAUCCAAUGGCUUCAUAAGAAGUUGGAUAAUGUUGAACCCGGUGAUGUGGCUCAGAAUAAGCAAAGACUUGGCAUCCAGACGGCGACUAGUUCGACGCCAUAUUUCCUCUCUAGGAAUCACAACCAUACGGAAUCAUCACACGGCGGUAUACUGUCUGAGGAAUCUAUUGACUUUUACGCUACUUCAAAGUCGACAAACUUGGAAGAUUCGCCAGGGCCUGAAGUUCAGGAAAAAAUGAGCAAAGUCGGACUGGAUCCGAAGUAUCUUCAACCUUCCGAGAGUGACAAGCAAAGUGCAAGAGGUUCGAAAGCAAAGCCUAAUAAUCCGCUUGGUCAACCUGGUAAAGAAAAUGCAAAUAUAAAUUUGCCCAAAGUAAACUACAGAGAAAAGAAAUCUGCAAGGGGAUCUACUUAUAGAGCAACGCCUGUUUCUGCCUACUUUCCUUAAUUUAAAUUAACAGUUUUAAUAUUAGUGCAAUAAAAAGAAAUAUGAUUUCAUGUACCUUUUGAAUUAUAAGCAUUACAUUGUCAUGAACUCAUUUAUAAAA